AUGCCGCACGUGCAGCGUCAGUUAGCACGUGCGCUAUGCUGUCUCCGAGAUUGUUUACGGAAACUGGGUCACAUUGUUGGAUACGCGCUGCGUGGGCUAGUUGGUGACUGAUUCCUACGGUACUGUGACUGGGAUGAGGAGCCAGGAGAUGGCAGCCAGGAAACAGGAGCCAGGAGACAUAAGACGAGACAGGAAGAUGAGUGAUGAAACCUCUCCGUUAAUCAGGAGACGUCAUCCGCCGAACGACAAAAGCUCGGCUAUUGGAACCCAUAGAAGCAACGGCAGAAGUAGACAAAGUGACAGUUCCGACUCCUGGACAACGUGUUCCAUGGAACACUGGAGGGAACAGUUCCGGUGUUCCAGCUUUGGACUCCAGCAUUCUCGUCCAUAUCUUUUUACCAAAUUUGAAUGGGGCUGGCCGAAGAUGUACUUGUGUUGGCGCGGUGUUGUUGCAGCCUACCACGUCGCCAUGAUCAUCGUAACGUGGUUCUGUGACAGACACACGUGGACGAGGACCGAAGAGGACAGCAUCAAGUGGUUCAUAUAUUUCACAAACUGGAUGUUCUUCCUUCUGACGUUUUCCACUCUGAUUGACUUUGUUGCAGUGGGCUACUGUCACCUUGUGAGGAAAGACAUCAUUAGUGGUGAAGACAGACGUAUGCCGCUGUUUCUCAAAGUGACGUGGGUUUCGCAGAAUUUGAGCAACACUAUCUGUCUGCAUGCGACAAUAAUGUACUGGGGACUGGUCUAUCCACCCGGGGGUGCUAUCUCGAUGGUUAACUGCAUAACUCACGUCGGCAACACCACGUACGUCAUCAUCAACCUCUGUAUCGCUGCGUCUCCUGUGAGAUUCUUCCAUUUCUUCCAACCCCUCAUCGUGGCGGCUACAUACUACAUCUUCUCCGCGGUGUACCAGGCUGCAGGCGGGACCAAUGGCCUGGGCGCCAGUGCUAUAUACCCUGGACUUGACUGGUCAGCUGAUCCGGGCGGGGCAGCAUUAUUCUCUUUCUAUUCUUGCCUUUUAGUGCCAUUCCUGCAGUUCUUGAUCUUUGUGAUUGCCAUGCUCAAGGGAUCUUUGUUUGACAUUUGCCUUGGGAGGCGUUCUAGUGAAGAUGUGGAUGUAGGGGGAGGAAUGGGAUGGCUGAGUAAAGGGUGUUUAGACCAUCACAGGUUCUAUCGUUGUGGAUGGCAUAAAGAACAUUGCUGAGCUAAUAUAUUGGAAAGUUAACAACAUUGUAUGAAUUCUGCUUUUACAGUUGCUUCUACACGCCACGGAAAGACGGGACUUCACUCUCUAAAUAUAAAUGUUGCAAAUUUGUGCCGGAAAAAAGGGAAAUGAUUGAUUUUCAAAGAGAAGAUGUCAAAGACACCAUCAACAGUUGUGUAUUUAGCGAACUUGCUUUCAAUUUUUAAAAGUUUUACAUCAAAUUAUAUCUUAAAAAAGAAAACCACGUAGAAGUAUUCUUUGAGUGCUGACUGAGCGCCUGUACAGUUUAAAUCAACUUAGAGGUAUAGUUGCUUUUGCUCCUCACUGUAGCUACAUCUUUAGAUUCUGAUUGAA